AUUGCAAGCGUGGGAGCCUUGGCCCCGCGCAGCUCCCUCAGGCGUCCCGCGCCCUCCUUCCUUCCUCGUCCGGACGGACGCACUUCCGGCGGAUGUGGGGGGGCAGCCCUCGGAAACGGAAGUGAGCAGCGGGGUCGACUGACGGUAACUGGGCAGAGAGGGUGUUCGCAGAGCUGCUGAAGAUGAAUGCCAGGGGACUUGGAUCUGAGCUAAAGGACAGUAUUCCAGUUACUGAACUUUCAGCAAGUGGACCUUUUGAAAGUCAUGAUCUUCUUCGGAAAGGUUUUUCUUGUGUGAAAAAUGAACUUUUGCCUAGUCAUCCUCUUGAAUUAUCAGAAAAAAAUUUCCAGCUCAACCAAGAUAAAAUGAAUUUUUCCACACUGAGAAACAUUCAGGGUCUAUUCGCUCCACUAAAAUUACAGAUGGAAUUCAAGGCAGUGCAGCAGGUUCAGCGUCUUCCAUUUCUUUCAAGCUCAAAUCUUUCAUUGGAUAUUUUGAGGGGUAAUGAUGAGACUAUUGGAUUUGAGGAUAUUCUUAAUGAUCCAUCACAAAGUGAAGUCAUGGGAGAGCCACACUUGAUGGUGGAAUAUAAACUCGGUUUACUGUAAUAGUGUGCUGUUCAUGGAAACUGAGGGCUGCAUCUUGUUUAUAGUCGUCUUUGUACUGUAAUUUGAUGUACACAAUAUUAAAAGUACUGACACCUGAGAAUUUCUGCUCAAGUAGUAUCAGUGAUCAUUUAAAAUUUGGGGGCAUCUUUGGUUUACAGCCAUGUGACAAUUAAAAGCACUAAAGGGGGAUCAUGUUAAAGCUCUUAAAUUAUAUUAAAACAAUAGCCUUUGUCUGUAAAAAAAAUGUUGCUCAUGAAUAUUAUAAAAUGAUCUACAGGUUUCAGUUCAACCUGUUUGCUAAGUUUUCUGUAAACUUAGUUUGAAUAAGCAUUUGAGUCUGUAAACUUUGUAGUAGCAUCUUUCAGAAUAAACAUUUUUAAUUGA